UAGUAAGAGAAACUGUUGUAUAAUCAAACUUUGUGUGCUUAUCUUUGAAUGUAAAAGGAUAGAGGAUUAAUUGAUUCAGAAAAAAAUUAAGUAGUUGUAAUGUCCGAGGCAGCUGUGCGAGUAUUGAAAUCUGGCAUGCGUUUGCCGCCCUUGCCCACAAUACGUGAUUUGGUCAAGCUGUAUCAACUGCAAGCUUUGAAACAACUAUCACAAAACUUCCUAAUGGAUGAGCGCAUAACUGAUAAAAUUGUCAAAUCUGCCGGACGAAUUGAUGAGCGCGAUAUUGUAUUAGAGGUGGGACCUGGUCCUGGAGGAAUAACUCGUUCCAUUCUAAGACGCCAGCCAGAAAAACUAAUUCUUGUGGAAAAAGAUGCACGUUUCUUAACUUCGUUGGAGUUAUUGAAGGAAUGUGCGAAGCCUUUAAACCUUCAAGUAGACAUACAUAUUGAAGACAUUUUACGUUUCAAUAUGGAGCAGCAUAUAAACGAUACCACACAGCGUUUGCACUUGAUUGGCAAUCUGCCUUUUGCUAUUUCUACAAGGUUAAUCAUAAACUGGUUUGAGGAUUUAUCAUUGCGUAGAGGAGCUUUUCGUCGCAAUGAUACGUGCAUGACAUUGACUUUUCAAAAGGAAGUGGCUGAAAGAAUUUGUGCUCCCUUGGGUGACAAACAAAGAUGCCGCCUGUCCGUUAUGUCUCAAAUUUGGACCCAACCAGUUAUGAAAUUUACUAUACCGGGUAAGGCGUUUGUACCCAAACCCGAUGUGGAUGUAGGUGUAGUAAAGCUAAUACCUUUAAAACAACCCAAAACCGAUUUACCCUUCGGUUUGGUAGAGAAAGUGGUGCGCCAUAUCUUCAAUAUGCGCCAAAAGUAUUGUCGCCGAGGUUAUGGUACAUUGUUUCCUCCCGAAGAUAGAGAUGUCAUUUGUUUCGAACUGUUUAAGCAGGCUGAUGUUGAAAAUACACUAAGACCCUUCCAGUUGUCAGUUGACGAAUGUAUACGCUUGGCUACGGUUUAUAAGGAAUUUGUGGACAAAAAUCCGCAUAUUGCUUUUUAUGAUUUUAGAGCCAAUAAAAACUCUACGUCAGAAUUCGUUAACAAUCAUAUUUAAACACAAAUGGAAAAAAAUCAGUAGUUUGUUUCUUUAUUUCCUUAUUCUGUUUAAAAUUUUCUUUAAUUUUUAAUAAAAUAUUUUAUGUAAAAAAUAUCAGGGUGUAUAAA